AUGCCCAACGGAAACUGGAUCCUCGGCGACCUCUUCACCAAGGAAUACGGACAUCGCGGCAGUAUUCAGAAACUUUGGGAACAACGUUGGAAGUUCCCCUGUACCAAAGGCGUUUACCCUUUCCACGAUGGCAAGUUCGAAGACUUCGAGCCUAUCUUCAAGCAUCUCAUCGACAACAACAUUAACGACCCUUACGAGGAUGCGUACACCAACGCUUUCUUGCCAACAGCGCAACGCCUAGCGAAGGAAGCUAAGGAGAUGGAAAGCAAGGACAAAGAGGCAGCAAAGAAGCUAUAUCUAAACGCAAACGCUGUAUACAGAUUAGCCCGAUUCCCCUACAUCGGCACGGAGCUCAAGAAGAAGGUCUUCGAAGAGCAGAAAGAAGUCUACUUCCGCGGUGCUCAACUAUGGGACAUCCCCCUCGAAGAAGUCGUAAUACCCCACAAACAAGCCUCCAACGGUGACGGCACCUCAAUCCCCCUCUACAUCCGCAAACCCACCGGCUCCGGUCCCUUCCCCACCGUCCUCCUCAUCACGGGUCUAGACGGCCACCGCCCGGACAACACAGAACGCACCCAAGAGCACCUAAACCGCGGCUGGGCAACCGUAAUCUGCGACAUACCCGGCACAACCGUCGACUGCCCCGCCAACAAGCGCGACCCGCUCUCCCCAGACCGGCUCUUCACCAGCAUCCUAGACUGGAUCCGCGAAACGCCUUAUCUGAACGAGAAGAAGGUCAUCGCAUGGGGUCUCUCAGCCGGCGGCUACUACGCCAUCCGCCUCGCGCACACACACCGCACCCAACUCCUCGGCAGCGUCGGCCACGGCGCCGGAACACACCACUACAUCGGCUCGGAAUGGCUCUCGCAGAUCUCCAAACACGAAUACCCGUUCGGUCUCGAGGAAGCGUAUAUCCAGAAAUACGGCUAUUCGUCCUUUGACGAGAUGAAAGAGAAAUGCCAAGACGAAUUUUCGCUCGUGAGUGGGAAGGGCGAUGGCGUGGCUGUUGUAGGGCAAGGGAUGAGCAGCUGUAGGUUGUUGCUUGUGAAUGGUAUGUUGGAUGGGUGUAUGCCGGUGGAGGAUAGUAUGUUGCUGGCGGAGUAUGGGAGUCCAAAGGAGAUGCGGUUUAUGCAGGGGAGGUUGCAUAUGGGGUAUCCGGAGGCGAAUGAGACUGUUUAUCCGUGGAUGGAGGGGGUCAUGGGGGCUGUUUAG